GUAUAUUUUUCUUUUUACUAACACAAUAGCCUGAUGGCAGAUUAGCUGAUUAUGGCUGAUUAUUAAAUAUAAUUUUCUAACACAAUAAGCAUCAUCUAGAAAAUUCUUUCGCGGGGGCGGCGAUGGUGGUGAUGACGAUAGUAUGCGUUGUUACAUACAUGACGUCACAACUAUUCUUGAUAAAACGUUUUAUAUACUAGUUGUGGACCGUUGUGUGUUAAUUUAAUUAUCAUGAAUAUGAUAACAGUGUUUUUAAAUUAUUAUUAUUAUUAUUAGAGAUUUUUAAAACGAAUUGAUUGAAAAUUGUUAAAUACGUAUGUAUUUCACUGGGUUUUUGGUGAUGUUUUGAGUAAAAAUUAUUAUUACCUGAUAAUAAUAAUUUAUUAUAUUAUUGAAUACCUGUGUAGCCUAUUGAAGUCAAUAGAAUUAAAUCAAAUGAUGUUGACGUUUUUUUUCAUUGUCAAACUCAUUGUUUGGAUACUAAAAGAAAUCAACGGUUAUAGUUAGGUAUAGAAAUACUCUAAUAUUUAUAACAUAUAAUAAAAUAUAAUAUAUAUAUAAUUUUUCUGUAUUUUGGGUAGGUUGACAGCAUAGAGUACUUCAUCAAAUUCUGUUGUCUGUAGGUAUUAGAGCAGUAAAAUCAUGUACCUAGUCCGGGGGUAGGUAUUCUAGUGUCCUAUUUGCCUUUUUACAUUCAUGCACACAGAGAGGUUUUCUGAAAGUAUACAUGACGAUGAAGAUAUCUUGGGAUAUCGUAUUUUCAAUAAUAAUAUGAUAUAUUAUAUUAAAAAAAUUAUUAUUAUUAUUAUUAUUAUUAUUAUUAUUUGAAAAUGUUAUCCUAUAGACCUAUGUUUUGUGUUAACAAACGGUAGGAUAGCUAAAAAGGUAUGACCCUCGAUGACCAUGUCUUUAGUUCCAUACACAGACGACGUAUUUGAAAUAGUCUUUUCUUCCCUACCGAUCGUGGGAAUUAACCCUCCAGGGUACCAUGGAUUAAUCUAUUUCUUGAAAAUUUUACUGAAUUAUGUAUUAUUCAGUCUAGACAUAUAAUAUUUUUCUUCUCACGUGUUAAAGCAUUUUGUUUAGUAAAACUAGUAAAUCCAAUAAUGAUAAUAAUGGUUAUGUGUGUGUGUAUGUGUAUACUCAUCUUAUUCUUGCUAAAUCAUAUAAAAACGCAGCAUCCUAUGGUUUUUGUAUCAUUUAGUUGGUUCACGAUUUAGGUGUUUUAUAACAACUACAUUUUCUUUACAACAUCACGAAAAAGAUAUUAAGAAUAAUAUCAUCAUGACUAACAAUACACCAGAAUACGGUGGCGAGGAGUUUUUUAAUAUUUUAAAUAAUAUUAGAUAUGAACCUCGUGAAAACAACUCCCCAAUUUACCGAGAUGUUUUCGGUAACUUAAUGGUUAACCCAGACAACGAAUUAGGAAUUCAACUGUCGUUUAGUGAAUACGGUGCAAUAACACAGAACUCAAAUGAUUCAAUCUAUUUCUUCGAUUCAAUCACGAAUCAUAGACCAAUAAUUGAAUCACGUGAUACGGUGAGCAAUGAUGACGAUGAACAUAUCACCUCCUCGAGUUCGGAUAUGUUCCCUGAGCUUAUACAGGGGGAGAUAAUAAACGAACCGGUAUUUUCUGAUAUAGUUUCGGUUAGGGAGAUUAAUCUGUGUAAUCACACCGAUUCUCUCCUAGACCGUGCACCACCACCACAUAUUCAUUCGUUGUCGGAAUUUGAUGAACCAAUUGCCCACUCGACUCAAAACAUCCCCCCUGAACUUGUUCACAAUGAUAUGAUAAAUGCCCCGAUUGAGACUAAUCUAUGGAGUAAUGACAAUGACUCCCACACAAAUUCAUUGCUCAUACAUGCUGCAGAAAUAGGGGAAUUAUUUGAUUUAAUGUAUUUUUAA